GACGCGCGCGAGAUUUGAAGUUGGUCUCCGCGGCGUCGGUGCGCGCGCGGAGGUUAAGUUGCAGCACCUGUCCUCGGCAGGCCCUGCCGCGACUGGGCCACGGUGCCGGCCGAGGAGAUGGUGGAAGGGCCGGGUUGUACUCUGAAUGGAGAGAAAAUUCGGGCGCGGGUGCUCCCGGGCCAGGCGGUGACCGGCGUGCGGGGAAGCGCUCUGCCGAGCCUGGAGGGCCGCGCGCUGCCGCACGCUGCGGCCUCUUCCCAGGCCGCUGCACUGAAUAAAGAUGCCAACCAGAAUUUCUUGAAAUUGUUUGAUGGAUAUGUUUACAGUGGCGUGGAAACUUUGGGGAAGGAGCUCUUUAUGUACUUUGGGCAAAAAGCUUUCCGGAUUCAUUUUGGAAUGAAAGGCUCCGUCAUGAUUAAUCCACUUGGGUAUGAAAAUAGAAAUGGAGUUUCUCCUGUUCUUGAAAUACAGCUUACCAAAGAUUUGAUUUGUUUCUUUGACUCAUCAGUAGAACUAAGAAACUCAAUGGAGAGCCAACAGAGAAUAAGAAUGAUGGAAGAAUUAGAUAUAUGUUCACCUAAAUUUAGUUUCUCAAGAGCAGAAAGUGAAGUUAAAAAGCAGAGAGGUCGGAUGCUAUGUGAUGUGUUAAUGGAUCAGAGAGUGUUGCCCGGGGUAGGGAACAUCAUCAAAAAUGAAGCUCUCUUUGACAGUGGUCUCCACCCAGCUGUUAAAGUUUGUCAGUUAACAGAUGAACAGACCCAUCACCUUGUGAAAAUGAUACGUGAUUUCAGCAUUCUCUUUUACAGGUGCCGUAAAGCAGGAUCUGCUAUCUCUAAACACUACAAGGUUUACAAGCGUCCUAACUGUGGUCAGUGCCACUGCAAAAUAACUGUGUGUCGCUUCGGGGAAAAUAACAGAAUGACAUAUUUCUGUCCUCACUGUCAAAAAGAAAAUCCUCGACAUGUUGACAUUUGCAAGCUACCAACUAGAAAUACUAUAAUCAGUUGGACAUCUAGCAGGGUGGAUCAUCUUAUGGACACUGUGGCUCGGAAAUCUGAAGAACAGUGGACCUGUGGGGUCUGUACACUAAUAAAUAAGCCGUCUUCUAAGUCAUGCGAUGCCUGCUUGACUGCAAGGCCUGUUGAUUCAAUGCUCAAGAAUGAAGAAAAUCCUAUUGCUUUUAACAACUUAGUGAAGUACCCUUGUAAUAGCUUUGGAAAACCAGACACAGAAGUGAAGAUCAACAGGAAAACUGCAUUUGGAACUACAACCCUUGUCUUAACUGAUUUUAGCAAUAAAUCCAGUACUUUGGAAAGAAAAAAAAGCCAAAACCAGAUAUUAGAUGGGGAGUUUCCAAACCCUCCUCCUCCUCAUGUUUGUUUUAGUGAUACACAGCACCCCUCCAAGGAGAGAACAAACUAUAUAACUCAACUAUCUAGCAAAGUAAACACAUCACCUACAGUCUGCUCUGAGUCUAAAUUAUUCAGUCCAGCACAUAAAAAAUUGAAAACAACCCACUACUCAUCACCAGAUCUCAAAAGUUGCAACCCUGGAUUUUCUAAAAGCGAGCUUCAAAUUAAUAUGGCAGAUGGUCCCUGUGCCUUCAAUACUGGCAGUCCUCGCUGCAGUAAACACAACCGCCUCUGCACUUUCCGCGUCGUGAGGAAGGAUGGUGAAAACAAGGGCAGGCAGUUUUAUGCUUGUCCUCUACCUAGGGAAGCACAGUGUGGAUUUUUUGAAUGGGCGGAUUUGUCCUUCCCAUUUUGCAGCCAUGGCAAACGCUCCAUCAUGAGAACAGUGUUGAAGAUUGGACCUAAUAAUGGGAAGAAUUUCUUUGUGUGUCCUCUUGGGAAGGAAAAACAGUGCAGUUUUUUCCAGUGGGCAGAAAAUGGGCCAGGAAUAAAAAUUAUACCAGGAUGCUAAUAUUUUCUCCUUCUGUAGAAUAUCUGGCAUUUGAUCUCUUCAAACUGUGCGUAAUGUUUAGUUUCCUUUUGUUUAAUAGAAAGGUUGGAGAAUAUCUAUGAUAAGUUGAAAAGUUACUAUAAUAUUUGAGAAUGUUCCAUUUUUUAAAAAAAUGUGUGCCAUCUUUCCAUCCUGUGGCUAUGUGUUUCCUUUUACCUUGAUGAAUGCUUUGUGUGUUUCAUAAGAUGUACCGCAUAUUCCAUGUAUAAUGUACAUUUCAUGCGUUUGGUAAUAACAAUAAAGUAUUUUUAGUAUGCUCUAGGUCUCUUAUAACUUUGGGGAAGCAGUGAUUUUGUUUUAGGCUUAUGCAGCACAAUAAAAUGAUAAGAUACUUUGUGAAUGCUUUUCUCAGGUGCUACCACUAUUUAUAAUAAAUACGAUUAAAAGUA